AUGUCGAUCAAACGCGCUCUUUCAAAAGCAAUUAAAGGGCAUAUGGGAGGUGAGGAUGAUUCCUCAGGCUCCAACAUUCGUUCAGCCCUAUCCCCCAAAGUCCGGACCUCUACCUCCCGUUCGGGCUCCCCGACUGCAUCCCCCCGCCGCAGCAUUUUGGGAAACUUCCUACGCGAUAGAAACGACUAUGUAUCCUCUUCAGAUGAUGUCUCCGAUGACUCUUCCACCGGUGCCUUGAGCAAGAACCAACAAAAACGGUUGGUGCGCCAGCACCGUCGAAGCGAGCGGAGCCGGCUCAGCGAGGAGAUGUUCUCCGAAACCGACCACCGCCGCAAGGAAGAGGAGAUUACCAAAGCUGCAGCUGAGGAAACUGCAGAGAUGAAAGCUCGUUACGGCCAGCUGCCCUUGAUGCAGUCCUCGGUGCGGCCGCGGGAACUGCGCACUCGGAUCGACGACAUCACCCCUUCCAUGGAGGGCCAGGAGGUUGUCUUUACUGCGCGACUCCAUGUGAUUCGCCGGAUGAGCGCCAAGCUAGUCUUCUUGGUCUUCCGUCAGCAACUAGGUACUUUCCAGGGUGUGCUGCACGAGAAAUCGGGGGUCGCCUCCAUUGCCAUGAUCCAGUGGGUGGAGCACCUCCGAGUGGGGUCAUUUGUUAAGGUCCGCGGUACUCUGCAGAAGCCCGAGGUUCCCGUUCUUGGCUGCACCAUCCAUGAUGUUGAGUUGGCUAUUGAUUCCGUUCAUCUCCAAGUCCACCGCGAGGAGCCUGUUCCCUUCAGUGUGUAUGAGGCUGAGAUUCGAACCAACGAGGAAGAGAAGGCCGAGGGUCGUCGCAACCAUAUUCCUGACCGGACUCGUCUGGCCAAUCGAAUCCUUGAUCUGCGCACAGCGACCUCGCAAUCUAUCUUCCGUAUUCAGGCCGCUACCUGCAACCUGUUCCGUGGCGCCCUUGAUGACCGGGAAUUCAUUGAGAUCCACACACCCAAGCUCCAAGGCGCUGCCACCGAGUCUGGAUCGAGUGUGUUCCAGGUCAACUACUUUGGUCGCCCUGCAUUCCUCGCCCAGUCUCCUCAAUUGGCCAAGCAAAUGGCCAUUGCUGCUGACUUCAACCGCGUGUACGAAAUUGGUGCUGUUUUCCGUGCGGAGAACUCCAACACCCACCGCCAUCUUACUGAAUACACUGGAUUGGAUCUUGAGAUGGCUAUUGAAGAGCACUACCACGAGAUGCUCGAGACCCUUGAUGCUGUGAUCAAGAACAUCCUUCAGGGAAUUUACACCAAGCACCGCCGCGAGGUAGAGCUUGUCAAGCACCAGUUCCCCUCAGAGGAUCUUGUUUGGUUGGAGACCACUCCCAUCAUCCGCUUUACGGAUGGUAUCAAGAUGCUGAAUGAGUCCGGCUGGCUGAAUGACGAGGGUCAACAACUCCCCCUCGACGAAGACCUGGGUACUCGUGACGAGAUUCGCCUCGGUGAGCUUGUCAAGGAGAAAUUCGGCACUGAUUACUACGUCCUGGAUAAAUUCCCCCGCAGUGCGCGUCCGUUCUAUACAAUGCCCGACGCUGAAGAUGAUAAGUUCACCAACUCCUUCGACAUGUUCAUUCGCGGUCAAGAAAUUGUGUCCGGUGGUCAGCGUAUCCAUGAACCUCACAUGCUUGAGGAAAACAUGCGCCGCGUGGGUAUCAACCCAGAUGAUAUGGAAGAGUACCUUGAAGGCUUCCGCUGGGGUGCCCCGCCGCACGCCGGUGCAGGUGUUGGUCUUGAACGUAUCGUGAUGCUUAUUCUCCAGCUGGGCAACAUUCGAUUGACCUCGCUCUUCCACCGCGACCCUAAGAGUCUGCCUGCGAAGCCCGUCACGCAAAAGCUUCGACACCCCGAGUCUUCCACUCUUGAGCCUGUCUGGCAACACGAGCGUAAGGCCAGGAUGGCAGCGGACAUUGGCGAGCUUCAGCCGCUAGAGCACCUCGUUGCCAACUAUGGUGAUGCCACAUCGACCUCAUGGUUCGAUGAACGCUUCAAGAUCUGGCGUGACAUGGUUACUGGUGCCGCUGUGGCCUACGUUCCCAGCUCCAACAACUACGCCAUUAUUCCUGGUGACCCGGCCUGUGAUCCCAAGCAAUUCACCCGCACCAUCACACAGUUCCUGCAAUGGCUCCGCCGCGAGACCAAGCUUAAGCCUGUGUGGAUCCUCUGCUCACCUGCUGUUGAAACCAUCCUGGGUGAGAGACUCGGCUGGCGCAGCUUGUCUUGUAUCGCCGAAGAGCGCGUCGACCCGUCACGCAACCAAGCUGCAUCCGACGGCGAAAUUGCACGCAAGCUCCGCCGUGCCGAAAACGAGGGUAUCAAGCUGGUAUCCAUGAACCAGGGCGAGAUGGUCCCUGACGACAUCCGCCAGAAGAUUGAUGCCCGCGUCAGCGAUUGGCUCUCCAACCGCAAGGGUACACAAGUCCAUCUGUCCCAGAUUCGCCCAUGGUGCGACUCUGAGCACCGCUGGUACUUCUAUGCUCUGGACAAAGAUGGCACUGUAUGCGCUUUCGUUGCCUUGGCUCAACUCUCCCCUGCCCACGGCAUGCAAGUCAAGUACAGUCUUGACUUCCCCGGCGCCCCCAACGGUGUCAUCGAAUACAUCGUCACCCACGCUAUCCAGACAGCCGCCAAGAGCGGUGUCAGUGGUCUCACCUUCGGUGCCGGUGCCACCUCCCAGCUCAUCCCUGGUCACAACAUGCAUGGCACCAAGGUCAAGAUGCUGGAGCACACUUACGAGGCCCUGGCGAAGCAAUUCCACCUUGUCCGCAAGAGUGAAUUCCGCGCUAAGCUCGGUGCCACCGAGGACCCGCUGUACAUCUCGUACCCAUCGCACGGCCUUGGGUCCAAGGGUAUUCGUGCUAUCCUGAACUUCUUUGAAGAUUAA